AUGUCCACCGCGGCUGCGCCCAACGUCACGGCCGCUACCCAGCGUGCCGGCAAGGCGGCCCCCGUUGCUGCUGGCAGCAACGAGGCAGCCAAGCCCACCAAGUACUCGCACAAGCAGGCCCAGCCUUACAACGAGGAUGAGCUCGCCAAGUUCAAUGUCCCCUCGUUCACCGUCAAGGACCUGCUCUCCGCGAUCCCCGCCCACUGCUUCGAGCGCUCGGCGUUCAAGUCGUUCACCUACGUCUUUUACGACCUUGCCAUGGUUGCGGCUCUCGGCUACGCUGCCACCUACAUCGACCCCUCGGUUGGCUCCUACUUCUCGCAGAACAAGGCCAACGCCCUGACCCCCUACCUCUCGCUCGGCGUCCAGCAGAACCUGGCGCGCUUUGCCCUCUGGUCGGUCUACUGGGUGCUGCAGGGCCUCGUUUUCACCGGCCUCUGGGUUAUCGCCCACGAGUGCGGCCACCAGAGCUUCAGCACCAGCAAGACGCUCAACAAUGCCGUCGGCUGGGUGCUGCACUCGGCCCUCCUCGUCCCCUACCACUCGUGGAGGAUUUCGCACGCCCGUCACCACGCCGCCACCGGUCACCUCACCCGCGACGAGGUCUUCGUGCCCCGCACCCGCUCGCAGAAGGGUCUUCUCCCCCUCAAGCCUGCGGCCAAGGCCGGAUCCGACGCCGGCGAGGAUGAGGAGGUCGUCUCCGAGGAGGAGACCUGGGGCGAGUGGCUCAAGGAGACGCUCGAGGACGCUCCUGCCUACAACCUCUUCUACAUCUUCAUCCAGCAGCUCUUCGGCUGGCCCCUCUACCUGAUCCAGAACGCCUCGGGACAGCUCCACUACCCCAAGUUCACCAACCACUUCAACCCCGAGGCCAUCAUCUUUGACAAGCGCCACCGUUCCCAGAUCCUCAUCUCCGACCUUGGCAUUGCCUGCACCCUCGCGGCCAUGGCCUUCGGCGCCUCGGUGGCCCCUCGCGGCUUCACCGACGUCUUCCGUUACUACCUCAUCCCCUACCUCUGGUGCAACCACUGGCUGGUCAUGAUCACCUACCUCCAGCACACCGACCCCAUGCUUCCCCACUACAAGGCCGAGACCUGGACCUUCCCUCGCGGCGCCCUGUGCACCAUCGACAGGCAGUGGCUCGGCCCCGUCGGCCCUUACCUCCUCCACGGCAUCUCUGAGACCCACGUUCUGCACCACGUCUCGAGCAAGAUCCCGCACUACCACGCUUGGGAGGCCACCGAGGCGCUCAAGGCGCGCCUUGGCGAGCACUACGCCAAGAGCACCGAGAACGUCUUUGUCUCGCUGUGGAAGUCGAUCCGCGAGUGCAAGUACAUCGAGGAGUCGGACCAGGUCGCCUUUUACCGCAACGGCAAGGGCGUCCCCAAGCGCACCGUCUCGCCCGACAGCGGCUACAACUCGGACUCGGCCAUCGCCAUGUCCGAGUAA